AUGGGCCCUUCUGCGGAUAAUCAUGCACUAGAUCAAUUAGAUGAUGGUAAGAUUGAGUUGUAUUCUAACAGCGAUGAGGUGAAAGAAGUGCAAAAUAAUCCUGAUUUGGGAACGUACAACAAGGAUGAAGUGAAAGAUCCAACCAAUGAUGAUUUGCAUUAUGAAGUUUCAAACCCGAACCUGUCCCGAAAACAGGCUACCUCAAGCUUGACCUUUAGUAGUCAACCUCUUAAUGUGCUUGGUGGGGAAAAUGGUGGUCGUGGAGAGAUUACAUCAGCUUGUUCCUGGAAUUCCUUCACUGAUGGAAAGUUUCGAGAAGAAGAACAUAAUAAGUCUUGUGUGGUUCUUGAAAUUCGGAAGCAUGUUAGACCCACUGGUAUUAGAAAGAUUACAUUUAAAUUCAGUAAACCGAAUGACGAAUGUGAUACUGACCUAGUUGUUAAGCCCUUGGCCGAGGACAAAUUUAAUGAGGACCUUUAUGAUAAUAAAAUUUCCCUAUCUGCUGCUGAUGGUUUAUCCAUCCAUUGCUUCCAGAAUGAUGACUGGAUUGCUUUGAAGAACUCAAAGGUAAUAUUAGGCAUAGUUGAUGGAGAGUGUCUUGACCCAAGAAGUCUUUCCUCUUGUCCUCCUAACAUGGAAGUGAGGAUGUCUAAGAAAAUAAUUCUAAAUAAUUACCCUUCAAAUGUUAAGAAGCUUUUGUCCACUGGUAUAUUGGAAGGAGCUAGGGUUAAGUAUUUAUCUAUGUCUAGUGAGGAGCUUCCUGGAAUUAUAAAAAGCGGCGGAUACUUGUGUAGUUGUUGUGUUUGCAACUUCUCGAAAGUGGUUAGUUCCUAUGAGUUUGAACAUCACUCUGGUAGCAAGACAAGACAUCCAAAUAAUCACAUAUACUUGGAGAACGGGAAGCCGAUUAAUAGCAUAAUUGAAGAACUGAAAAAUGCUCCUCUGAGCGCAGUGAAUACAGUGAUAAAGGCUAUUGCUGCAAGUCUCAUACACGGACAUGAUGUAGUCUGUGGAGAUAGCGCACACCAGUAUUGUGGCAUGUCGCACUCCACCAACUCUGCAAGACACUCUACUGAGGGAGGAAUCACUUAUCCUGAUGCAUAUCUUCGUUCUAGUGUAACAACCUUUAAUCAGCAAGGCUAUGUAGAUGCCCUAGUUGAACAGAAGUGUCCAAUCAAGAAGCCAAGACAUAACUACUAUGGCUCUUUUUGGGGGCAUAAGAAGACCGCGGAAGUUCUUUGCUUUUCUUGUCGGACGCCUUGGUCUAAUGUGUGGUUGAUGUACAAUAGGGACAACGAUUUGCACAAAUUGCUUUUUAUGCCAAAUGGACUGGCGGAUGGGACCAGUUUGGCUUAUUACUCUAAAGGAGAGAGGAUUCUUGGGGGUUACAAGCAAGGAAAUUGCAUAGUUUGUAGUUGUUGUAACUUUGAGAUUAGUCCAUCCCAGUUUGAGGCUCACGCUGGAUGGGCAGCUAAAUGUCAACCCUAUCGUAAUAUAUAUACAUCCUCUGGAUUAACACUUCAUGACAUAGCCUUGAUGUUGGCAAGUGGCCAAAGUCUUCCAUCUAGGGGAAGUGAUGAUAUGUGUGCAGUAUGCGGAGAUGGUGCUUGUAUAGAUUUAGAGUGUCUCCCAGCAGAUGACUGGUAUUGUUCACAUUGCAAGGAUAGACUUAGUUCUGGUAGAAAAGCAUCUGCGGAAUCAAGAGCAAUUAUCCUUAGACUCAAGAGAGUGGUAAAGGCACCAGAAUUCGAGCCUGGUCACAGGACUUCAGUGCUGAAGUUUGAUGACCGAACAGUGAUAAUAUGUGAUCAAUGUGAGAAGGAAUACCAUGUUGGUUGUUUACGUGAGUUUGAGAUGUGUGAUCUGAAAGAACUUGAGGAUAAAUGGUUUUGUUGUGAUGACUGCUAUAAGAUUUUCGAAGCACUACAGAGUUUGGCUUCUGGUGAACCUGAGAUAAUUCCAGCCGCAGUGUCAUCUGCAGUAUAUAAGAAGCAUGCAACGAUUGGAUUGAAUUAUAGGUAUAUGAAUGAGAUCAAAUGGUGCAUUCUGAGUGGAAAAAGUCAAGCUCCGGGGCAUCUAAUGUUGCUCUCUCGAGCUGCAGCAAUUUUUCGCGAAUGCUUUGAGCCAAUUGUUGCAAAAUCUGGUCGGGAUCUUAUACCGGUUAUGGUGUAUGGAAGGAACAUAUCUGGGCAAGAGUUCAGUGGAAUGUAUUGUGUGGUUUUAAUUGUGAACUCUAUUGUUGUAUUAGCUGCUCUGCUCGGGAUAUUUGGAAAAGAUGUUGUUGAACUUCCAUUGGGCUAUUUUCAAGCUUUGUUCUCAUGCAUUGAGAGAUUCCUAUCAUCUAUGGCCGUGAAACAUUUGGUGCUUCCUGCUGCCGAGGAAGCUGAACCUAUGUGGACGAAUGAGUUAGGCUUCAGGAAAACGAGCCAUGAGAAAAUGUUGAAGUACACGAGAGACUAUCAGCUAACAAUUUUCAAGGGGACAUCCUUGUUAGAGAAGGAAGUACAUCUAGACCAUAGUGGACAAUUUUGA